AUGAGCACUUCUGGCACUGCCAAUGACAAUUUAUUCUCAAACAAAGCUCCUAGUGGUUCAGGAAGCGAUACCAAUGCUUUAAAACUUGGGUUUGAUAUGCCCUGUCAAAAGACACCCGUUGAAUUCGUCAGCUUGGAAUGUAAUAGUCUUAUAAACAUGCAAAUUGAUGAAAUGGCGGGAAGUAAUUCUUCAGUUGGAUCGAUGCCGCAUGCUUCUUUGGGAUUUAAAUAUUCGUCUACUGAUCCAACGUACGAAGCGUUCCGGCGCAACGAAGACGUUACUCAAAGCACGGGACCUGACACCAGCCUUUUAGACCCCACUAACUCAAAGGACUCUACAAACUCCGUUGCUACCUAUAGCAAUGUGGUAGGACAAGACCUCAACGCAGUCAAAGCUAAAGAUCCCCCUCAGAGCUGCUAUGCUUCCAUGAGUCAUGUUCUGGUGCAGUUCGGUCGCACAUAUGCGGUCUGUUACGUUCCCCGUAAACACCGUGGAACCUUUGGGUUGGAUGAGUUAGUUCUCUGUGAGGCUGCCCAUGGCGAAGCGACUGGCACGUCCGUGGCCGAUUUAACACCUUACAUCGACGAAGUGCGUACACAACAGGCACAAGUGUUGAAACGCUUCCAGGGAGAUCCAUUGUGCCCCGAGGAGAACGCGGAGGGUGCAGUUCAUUGUCCGCUGUAUCACAAAACAGUCACCUGCGGGCUCCACUGUGAUGACUACCUUGUGCGUCUGCCGCGGAUUCUGCGUCGUGGAGUUAACAAAGAUAGAAAGCGUGUUCAUUUCUCGCACCGUCGAAACGGCGAGGCCCUACGAGUGAUUCAACAACUUCUACGAGAACGGCAAUGGGACUCAGUGCUCAACGUAGCCGAAGUCGCUUACCAGGGAGAUUUUCUCAGCACCACGUUGCACCUGCAUGGCCACCCAGACUCGUGCUCAUGGAAGCCUCAGGAGUAUCGCCGCGCCGGUGAGAGCUUUACGGCGGUGCUUCGUACGAAUAUUGUGGAGUUUCGCCACUCUUACGCCUGCCCAGAGCAGCUUCACCUAACAAGGAACAUCGUAGGUCACACACUUGACAACUUGUUCACCAAAUUCCUUCGUUCUAAUGGAAUGAAAAAGGACAGCGCAUCCCACCGGCGUCCUUCACAUGAUAAUUUGUUGCCUCCGCCGCAAAGGCCUCCCUCCUUGCCGGCGGUGCUCCAAACGGCGCCUACCAUCCCUAGCGUGACGCCUUUCACCGCCUCUGGGCUGUCUACGUCCCAGAUGAGUUACUCAUCGGGCGUUUCAUCCGUCGGCCUUCAGGUCCCGUCGAAUACGCCUUGCUAUCCACCACCGAAGUACUCUAUGGAUAUCGAGGCAGCCCGUCAAAAGAGCUCCUCACAGUCAAGCCUCACCUUCCAGGGUCCGCUUGUUAUUCCGACCCCUGGUGAAGGCGCGGAGCUGCGCGCCGUGGUGCCGAUUCAGUCGCCUGUCUCAUCAAUGUCGCCAACGCCCGGUGUAAGCUAUCUCGUCUCCUUGCCGGCGGCAGCGCACGCGGAGGUACCAAAGCCGCAGCGCUUGUACUAUAUGGUAGCUCCGCAAAGCGUCCCGUAUUACACCAGCUUUGUCAUGCCCCAAAUGCAGAUGCCAAUAGCGAAUUCGGGUGUGAUGCCUUCUCCCACCCCCGCCGUGUAUGUGACGUCGCCCCAGCUAGUGGGGUACACGCCACCACUGGAUAGUCGCGGGUUGAUGUCAUGCCCCUCACGGAACCCAGCCACACCACAACAAGGCUGGAAUUCCGUUCCCCUGGUGGAUCAACGAAGAGCGGCAUCUAUUCCGUCAGCAAACAAAAUGGAUGCAGGCACAAGUAAUUCAGACCAAACGAAAAGGCCGGCGUGGUGA